AUGUCGAGCAAGAGAAGCAUCUCGAUACAGCGGGUGGCCGGGUCCAUAGGCGCUGAGAUCCACGACGUUGAUCUGUCGAAAGAUCUCUCUGAAAACCCCGGGAUUGUCAGGGAGAUCCGGGAAGCACUUUUGCAACACCAAGUCAUAUUCUUCCGCAAUCAAAGCUUGGAACCCAAAGAAUAUCUCGACUUUACGUCCCACUUUGGCAAGCCGGUUGAAUAUCCCUUUGUCCGUGGCAUCGAUGGGUUUCCCGAGAUCAUUCAAGUCCUCAAACAAGAACACGAGACCAUCAAUUUUGGAGGAAUCUGGCAUGCGGACACCACCUACUUCGAGAACCCACCAAUGGGGUCGGUGUUGAUGGCCAAGGAAGUCCCGCCCUACGGUGGUGACACGCUAUUCGCGAACCAGUACGCCGCAUACGAGUCCCUCUCCGAAGGACUCAAGCGGACCCUCUCCACCUUGAAGGCAGUGAGUACCUCAGCCAAAGCAGACGCGAGCAAGACUCGCGAAGACCGCAUCCGUGACUCCGGAAACGCCUCGGCAAAGUCCUCGCUGGAAGCAGUUCACCCUGUUGUCCGAACACAUCCCGAAACGGGGAGGAAGGCCCUCUACGUCAAUGUGGCGCAUACAUCGCACUUUGAGGGCUGGACAGAGGAAGAAUCUGCCCCUCUGCUACACUACCUCUUUCAACACCAAAUCAAGCCGGAAUUCACAUGCCGCUUCCGCUGGGACGUGGGCAGCAUUGCCUUCUGGGAUAAUCGAUGUGUACAGCAUAAUCCGAUCAACGACUAUCAUGGAUUCCGACGGAGGAUGCUAAGGAUCACUUUGGAGGGAGACCGGCCUGUAUAA